AUGCUAUCGAAGCAAGAAGUUGAUCUCGGACUUGCUUUCCUUCGCCAAAUCGCCAUCGAUGAAAAUGCGGUUGUCUCUCCAGUCUCAGUACUGUUUGCGUUGACAAUGGUUCAAAAUGGUGCCAAAGGAAAAACAAAAGAGCAGAUCGAUAGCAUAAUUUACAAAGGUCAACCUGAUUUCGUCAUAACAUCAUACUAUUCCACUUUAAUUCAAGAAAUUUCCAGAGACAAGGAAAUACUGACUAAGAUUGCAAAUGGAUUUUUCCUCAAGUAAGC